AUUUUUUAAUAUUAUAAUCUUGAAAUUUUAAUUUAAUUUGCAGCUAGAUAUUUUGAAUACAAACAUACGGCCAUCAAAUUUAGGCAUGAUUGACUCUAUAAAGAUUAAUGAAAAAAGCUUUCCCCAUUAGUCAAGUCUGACGUGGAUUUCAACUCUGGUUUUCUUCCAUGGUUGUUAAAUAUCAGUUUUUUCUUGUGCAAGUCUAUUUGUAUAUAAUUAUAUUUAAUAUAAUUAGUUUGUGCAAUUCUAUCCGAUGCUUGGAAAUAUGCUCGCUUGGAUACCUGCUACUUAUGAACUUGUAUCGCAAUUUAGAGGAUACUUAGAUCAAUAUCCUUCCUGGUGACUUAAAAGGGCGGUAGGAGAUGUUUGCAUCUUUGAAUUGUUUUAGUGCAAUGUUCAGAGGGUACAAACAAUCCCAAGAUAGCGUUCGGAAAAAUGGAGGAGGGUGUUCGCAUUUUCUCCUAUAAGGAUCUCAAACUGGCAACAAGGAAUUUUCAUCCAGACAACAAGAUAGGUGCUGGGGGAUUUGGAAUUGUGUAUAAGGGAGUCUUGAAGGAUGGUACAGAGGUUGCAGUAAAGCAGCUUUCUGCAGUAUCAAAACAAGGUGUCCGUGAGUUUUUAAGCGAGAUAGCUACAAUCUCUGCAAUCAAACAUGAAAAUCUUGUCAUGCUACAUGGGUGUUGCAUAGAAGAAGAUCAUCGGAUUUUGGUGUAUGGAUAUCUGGAGAAUAAUAGCAUUUCACAUGCUUUAUUUGGUUCCAGUAAUGGUGCAAUAAACCUGGAUUGGCAAACAAGGUCCAAAAUUUGUAUUGGAACUGCAUGCGGUUUAGUAUAUCUUCAUGAGGAACUUGCACCUUAUAUUGUACACCGAGAUAUUAAAGCUAGCAACAUUCUCCUUGAUGGGGAUCUGAAUCCUAGGAUUGCAGAUUUUGGUCUGGCUAAACUUUUCCCAGAUAAUAUUACACAUGUUAGCACACGAGUUGCUGGAACAAUUGGUUAUCUGGCUCCGGAAUAUGGCUUGCGUGGGCAUUUAACAAGAAAGGCAGAUGUCUAUAGCUUCGGGGUACUUGUACUUGAAAUUAUCAGUGGCAGACGCAAUAUGAACACAAGCCUAUCAGGUUUUGAUAAAGGAUUUAUGCAUGGCCAUCCUGGUAUAAUUGUUUUACAGACGUGGGAUUUAUAUGAGGAAAACAGAUUGCUAGAGUUGGUGGAUCCAAGGUUAGACGAGUACCCAGAAGAAGAAGCCUUACUGUUCAUUAAGGUCGCUCUUUGGUGCACUCAAGCUACACCCACAUUCAGACCGACCAUGUCUCAAGUCGUAACAAUGCUUUCAGAAGGGCAAACCUUUGCCAACAAGCGCCUCUCGCGACCUGGUUUCAUCUCAGACCUACAAGAUUUGAAAAUAGGCGCAUCGUAAAAGCCUUCAUCCCAACAUUAAGGGACCUUGACGUCCAUUUUCAGCGUUUCAAAGAUCUUUUUCGAGAUAUCAGCAAAUUGAGGUAUGCAUGUUAUGUUGUGUCCAAAUGGGGAGCAAGUUUGUUGAGUUUGAAGCCAUGAGAAUUUAAAUGCCAUUCGAAUGGUGUAUGCAAUGCAUUCCAGUGACUCAAAAUGGGAUCUGAAAUCUUCCGAAACAUUAGAUUUGGUGGCUCCUUAGUAUGUUUGGUGUUUGUAAAUCACAAUUAUCUAUCUUGAUUUAAGCAAUAUUAAUAUCGCACAAGACCUA